CUGAAAGUGUGAUUUAAAAAAAUUGUAUCACAAACUUCGACGUCUUGUGACUUUUAAUUUAAAAUGUGAGUUUUGUUUUUGCUUCACGCCUCUCCACAAAGUUCAACACAUUGGAACAACAACAAAGGUCUGAAGUGAACGAUGUCAUCUAUUAAAAAUGAACCUUCUGCCACAUCAGCAGUCUUAUUCCUGAAUGUUAAAGGUGAACCUAUGCGCUUCUUCAUAAGGCCCGGUCCCACCAAAAUGCAGCUUCAGCCUUUAAUAACGAACGGCGGAGGAAUCGUCUGCCGGACCCAGGAGCCGAGCGCCAUUUUGUUAGCCGAUCCGGGUGACAUCACCGGCGCUGUAGGGAGUGCCAGCCAUUUUUACAUCUCCACCCAGUACGUUCACGACUGUGUGGCACAGAACCAGCAGUUAGACAUCGAAAGCUACAGGUUCAGCAAUGUACGGCCCAUCCAGACGAGGGCGGCGUCACAGAAACGGCAAGGUACGGGACGAAUGGGUUACUCUCUUGAGGAUGACAUGGCCAUCUUGAAUUUUAUCGCCAAACAUCAGAAAGAAGCAAAAGGCAACCGGAUUUGGCAACAAAUGGAGCGUCAGCAAGUCACCGGUCAUAGCUGGCAGUCCAUGAAGGACCGGUUUCUAAAGCACCUGCAGCAUAAGCUGCAACAGAAAACCCCUGAGAAUAAAAAGAAAGUUAGCCCACUGAAAGAGAGCCCUUCUUCUCAGGGUGAUACCCCUCAGCCUACGCCAAAGAAGACGCCCAAAAAGAAAGCGGCGGUAGUUUCGUCCUCCGAUUCAGACGCCACACAAAUCAGCCAGGAGCAUGAGGAAGGAACAACAGAACAACUAGAGCUCCAUCCUGAAGAAACCAGCAGAAAUGCAGAAACGAGGCACAGAGAUGAAAUCAGGGAGGAAGUGAGAAGAGAGACUGAUGGUGAUGAGUCAGAGCAACAGCAACAGUGUGACCGCGAGCAGCCUGAGGUUUCAGCUAAAAGAGCCAGAAUGGACACGGACUCACCGGUGGAGGAUACGGCAUCCGGACCAAAUGAUCAGUCAUCACCUCCCAGUGAGAACCGAAACAGUCACAAACCUGCCAAACCCUCUGCGCUCAGCAUACUCGAGAAAGCCGCCAGAGAAUUCGAAGACUCUCAAAUGAUUGAUGGAAGUCAGGAAGGCCGGCCUCAGAGUCAGGAUUCAGCCAAUAAUGUCUUAGAUACUGAUGAAUCUCAGAUCAUGGCAGCACGUGAAAGAGCUGUAAGGGAACAGGAAGCAAAUCCCGAGCAUCCUAAUGACUCUGCAACUGCUGCCCAAAACCACAGGAGCAUCCCGGGGUCAGAGGACGAUGAUGCUGACGCUGGUCCCAGCAGUGAUGCUCUUCCCAUCACAUCCAACGCUCACAUGUUCCUCUUUCAGCAGGAGUCCCAGGAGGAGCCCAGCCAGCCAUGUGAGGAAGAUCAGCCCUCUCAGAGCUUGGUAGAGACGAAGCAACAUGUAGUUAAGUUGAUGCAGGAAUCUAAGAAAGACUUGGUUGAGGUUAUGAAGGCGCUCUUAAAGGCCAGCGGUGAUGCCAGUCUGGCUCUGUCAUUUUUGCGUGAAGGAUAUGAUCCUGAAGUUCACGGGCCCGUCUGGACUCGGCACGAUGAUAAAAUGCUACUCUCGGACGAUUCUUUCGAGUCUGAGAGGCUUCAAGAGAAAUACGGACCUGAAGGAGUUUCCAAGAGAGCAGCGUUUCUGAAAGCAGACUUAUUGCAUAAAAAAAACGCAAUGUCAUUUUAGUAUUCCCAACAGAUUACAUUUUUUAACCAAUGUCAAUUGCUAUAGACGACAUCUUCUCCUACGUUAUGCAUAUUCUCAUCUGAAUCUGUUGUAAGCAAAUGUUUUUAUUUAACAUAAUGCUUUUUAAUGACUUUUGAAAACAGCAUAAUAAAAUAUAUUUUAUCGUCUAAAGUGUUGGCAUUUUUAGAAACUGCAGAAACUAUGGAUUAAAUUCCAUUGUAUUUUAAGCAGUGUCAGUGAACUUUUUCCCAUGACUUGCAUAAACACGUAAAAUCUGCAAGUGAAAAUGAAAGUGAAGGAAAAUGAGUCAAGAAAAAAAUUCAAGCUUAAAGCAAUCGCAAGUAAAAAAAACAUUUAAAGCCUAAAUCAAUCGCAAGCAAUCAAAAAUAAAGAAAUUCAAGCUUAA